AUGGAUGCGGACUUAGCCCGUUGCAGUCAGAGCAGCUUAUCUCUGGUCUCCCGUCUGCUCGCUCUGAAAAGUGGCCGAAACGCCGGUAACCUUAACCUCUUGGAGUCUGCAUCCAUCCGUCGCCUGAUUGGCCAGGACUUGGGGCCAGCCCUGGCCAAUCAGGGCUCAGCAGACCUGGGCUGCUGGCCGGGGGGGUCUCCACACAACACUGACCUACUGGCCUGUGGUCUUCAGGAGGAGGCGGGUAAAGGCGUGCUGGCGGAGUUUAACCUGGGCUGUGACGUGGAGCACACGCAGCACGUCUACCGCGUCUACGUCACCACCUUCCUGGGCUUCGGCGGGAACAUGGCCAGACAGCGCUACGAGGACCGGCUGUUCAACGGCACGCUGGCCAAGAACCGGCUCCUGGCGGCUCAGGCCGGCCUGAGCGAGGACACGCCCGUCCUGGACCCCUGCCUGCCCGCCGGCCUGUCCGACGCGGUGGUCAGGGACAACGGCACGCUGCACCUCCGCGGUCAGGGCGACUGGACGCAGUGCCAGGAGGCCGUCCGGCCCUUCCUGGGCCUCCACAACGGCACCAUGUCCCCCCGGGGCGUCUACCAGGCUCCCAUCAACUUCAGCAACAGCGAGUUCUACGGCUUCUCCGAGUUCUACUACUGCAUGGAGGACGUACUCCGGAUCGGGGGCCGCUACGCCAGCUCCAAGUACUCCCAGGCUGCCAAGGAUUACUGCGCCACCAAGUGGUCCACCCUGAAACAGCGCCUGGACAGCCAGCUGUUCUCCAAGCAGGCCGACAUCAGCCGGCUGAAGUACCAGUGCUUCAAGUCGGCCUGGAUGUUCGAGGUGCUGCACUCGGGCUUCCGCUUCCCCUUCGACUACCCCAGCCUGAAAACGGCCCAACUGGUCUACGACAAGGAGGUCCAGUGGACUCUGGGGGCCAUCCUGUUCAAGACCCGCUUCCUGCCUCUCAGGGACCUGCAGCAGGAGACCCUGCGGCAGAGCCACCCGGGCUGGCUGCGGCCCCCCCUGCUCUACAACCACCACCUGUUCUCGCUCUGCCUGCUGGUGGUGGUGCUGGCCAUCCUGCUCUACAUCCUGCGCCUGCGGAGGAUCCACCAGCGGGAGCUGCGGCAGGCCGAGGCCCUGGACCUGCUGUGGGCCGAGGAGGGCGAGGCCCUGCUGCCCUGA